AUGGAAAGCAAUGACAAUAGUGGGAAGAAAAGAAUCAUCAUCCUCACCGUCUCUUCCUUGCUCCUAGUAGCUAUGGUGAUCGCGGUCACCGUCGGUAUAAGUCAAACCGACGAUGACGCCAGCAAGAGAUACGAUCACCAAGAACUAACCGCCCAUGCAAAGGCUGUCCAAAGUAUAUGUCAACCAACCGAUUAUAAAGAGGCAUGCAUGCAAAGUUUGGCACACGCGAAUUCGACCGACCCGAAGGAAUUGAUUCGCGCCGCAUUCGAUUCCACGAAGAAAAAUAUUAGAGAGGCAGCCAAUAACUCUACAUUGCUCAAGGAGCUGGCGAAGGAUCCUAGGACGAAAGAUGCCCUAGCCGGUUGUAAAGAGAUGGCGGAUAUAGCGGUUAAGGAUCUCGAGAGAUCGUUGGAUCAAAUAGCAAAUAUGGAUGUUAUACAUUUCGAUUCUGUCUUAGCUAACUUGAAGGUAUGGCUAAGCGGAGCCCUAACUUACCAAGGGACGUGCCUUGAGGGGUUUGAUAACACGACGGGAGAAGCGGGGGAGAAAAUGCAAGAGUAUUUGAAACUCGGCAUGCAAUUGACUAGCAAUGGUCUUGCCAUGGUUAAUGAGAUAGCGCACGCUCUUUCGUCCCUCAAUCUCGACGAGCUUCAAGGGAUGAACCGUCGGUUGUUAUUCGAUCAGGAUCUAACGGUCGGUCACGACGAAAUACCUUUUUGGGUCGAUGGCGGUAAGAGGAGACUCCUUAGCUCAAAACUUAUCGACAAUCUUAAACCUAAUAUGGUUGUGGCCAAAGAUGGGAGCGGAAAGUACACCAACAUAACCGCCGCGCUACUCGAUAUUCCUCGUAAUAGCGACGACACGUUUGUUUUAUACAUAAAAGAGGGUAUCUACGACGAGAAAAUUCAAGUCGAUCGGAACUUGACUCAUUUGGUCAUGUAUGGAGACGGUCCGACCAAGACUAGGGUCCGAGGUCGAUUAAAUUGGAUCGACGGGGUGUCAACUUUCCAUACCGCGACGGUCGUUAUUUUGGGUGAUCAUUUCAUUGGGAAGGACAUUGGAUUCGAUAACUACGCGGGUCCCGAGAAACAUCAAGCGGUCGCACUACGAGUCGGUUCCGACAUGUCGAUUUUCUACAAUUGCCAAAUAGACGGUUACCAAGAUACCUUAUACGCCCAUACAUACCGACAAUACUAUCGUAAUUGCGUAAUCUCGGGGACAAUCGAUUUCAUCUUCGGCGAUAGCGCCGCGCUCUUCCAAAACUGCACGAUGUUGGUGAGGAGGCCAUUGGAUAACCAAGCCAACAUCAUCACAGCCCACGGUCGAAAGGAGCCUCGUCAGCCCACGGGCCUCGUCUUGCAGAACUGCAACCUAGUAGCCGAUCCGGCUUACUACCCCGAUAGAUUCACAAUCAAGACUUAUAUGGCUAGGCCAUGGAAGGAAUUUUCUAGGACGAUUAUUAUGGAAAGUUUUAUCGACGAUUUAAUAUCUCCCGACGGUUUCAUGCCAUGGGAAGGUGAAUUCGGGCUAGAUACUUGCUACUAUACCGAGUACAACAAUAGGGGUCCCGGAUCUAUUAAGUUUAACCGAACUACUUGGCGGGGGAUUAAGGAGGUAAGCAAAAGCCUAAUCAAAGAGCAUUUCACUGCGAACAAGUUCUUGGAUGCAAAAUCUUGGUUAUCGAAAACCGGGGUGCCCUAUUAUCCCGGUCUCAUAUACCCAACACCUCUCGAUAGACCAAAUGCUGCAAAAGAUGACGACUUGUUGGACUUGGAACGAGAUAACUCAAAUAAGCACAACUUUGAUAACGCCACCAACAGUGUUCUUGCAGCCGGUAACAUUACUGAUAACUCCACCGCCGUUGCUAACGCGACUGCAUUCGUCGCGAGUAUACUUGCCCCAACUCCAUCCUCAAGCCCGGAGGAGAAGGCAAAGGAUAAGGAAGAAAAGAAGGAGAAAAAGGAUAAGGAAGAGGAUGAAGACAAGGCAAAGGAAGAAAAAGAUAAACAAAAGGAUAAGAAGGAAGACGAAGACAAGGCAAAGGAAAAGAAAAAAUCAGAAGAUGCGUCGGCACCAAGUAGCAAUCAAAAAAAGCCGCUUACUAGUCUUACCUACGGUAUUAAUAACUAA